AUGCAUGUGGCUAAACCCACUGGCAGCAGCGGUACUCUCCCAAAUCUUAGGGCUGAAGCAUUAAACAGGAAUGAAUUCGAAGUGGUCAAUCCCAAUGGGAGAAUAGGUGAUGGAAAUAUCCCCUUGCCUCCUCUUUCAUUGUGUAACGAGCUGCAAGCUGCGAAUAUCUCUGACCUUGCUACUUUGGUGGAUGAGCUCAUUGCUCCUUUCCGGCUGUCUGCAUCUAGUGCCUCGCAAGAAGAUGCAUACUACGGACAUGCUACAGUGUCAUCUGGAGCCACUGAAACAGGAUUGCUCCCCAAGCCCGAACGUGACAGAGAUGAGAAUAUGGUUGAGUGCCAGGUUGCGGUGAAUGUGAAUUGCCAGCAAAAUCCCCUACAUUUGGAAGAGUUACUGCCUCAGGCUGUACCUUCUGAUGCAGGCGAUAGUUUGUGCAGUCACUUUCCUGUCAACUUGUCAGAAACCCCUCAAGGUGGAAGGACGAAUGUCCUUUAUACCUCUUUCAUACAAGAGACUGGUCAAUCGCUUCCACUUCGCCCUGCCUCGAGUACCGGUGACUUCAGCCAAUCUAUUGCGUGCGCUGUUGCUACUACUGCUAACGGAGCAAGCCUUGUAGCACAGGAAUCUCCUGACACGUCAAAGCUACCGGACACUGAACCACUCAAUUCUACAGUUCUUACCAAAGAUAUUGUAAUAAUGUCUCUCAGAGCAUUAGAUUCGGCGGCUCUUUCUGAUCAGGAGGCUGUUUUUGUCUUCUUCGUUCUAACCAUCGAAAUGGGCCUUGUUGUUCAGGUAGAAUACAAGGAGUACUUUGACUAUAGAUGGAUGGUCAGGCUAUCUUGCGCGGGCAUUGUUUUGGAGCCUCAGAAGAGCUUCAGCUCCAAAUUUUCUGCGAAAGCCCAUUGCUGCCGCGGGGGUUUGGAGGUAUUCAAACAUGUCUAUCAAGACUGGAGCAUCCCCGGUAUCCCAAGAGCCGAUGCUACGCCGGACUCGCGGUUAUGGAGUGCUCUCUUGCAAGGUUACUGCGAUAUUCAUGGCCUUCCUCGCCCUGAAUAUACCGGGUACCAACAUAAACAAGGACACCGGUAUGAGGUAACUGUUGGAGAAGUAUCAUACUUUGGGAAAAAAAAGUUCUAUAUCAGCAAGCCCGAGGCAAUUCAUGCUAGUGCAAAUAAUGCGCUUUAUCAUUUUCUUAUCUCCGAAAACGAGGCUCCAGUUGGGUUCCCUGAUACGAGGGCGAAGGAGCACCCGGUCAGUGAGGCACUCCGUCACGCUAUUAGGGCCAUGCAAAAUGCAGCCCCAUCGACAGUACAGGAAAUCUUGGGCCCUACAAUAUCGUUUAGAGAGACGUCGGAGCUGGCUAAGAUUCCUAAUGUCAUUACCGGUGUUCAUAAACUUAGUGAAACCAAAGGAAAAAAGAAACGGAAAAACAAGCAAUUGCAGAAUCCAGUGAACGAUCUGGUACAGCUGCUAUCAGUCAAUACAGAACGGGCCCAAGUUAGUACUGCUGCCGCCAUGGAAAUGUGCCAGUUCAUGAAGAUCCAACCUCCAGAGUAUAGAGUUUCUCAAACAUUCGAAGAAUUGAUCAAUAAAAAAACUAGUAUGGCUGCAUACUUUCGUGACCCGUACUUUACUCGUAUGGGUGCGGUUGGAGAAGUUAAAAAUAUCACGCCAGAAAUAGCAGAAGAAACCUGUGCUGCAAAUGUCCUUGAGAUUCUGAAAGUGCAGUUUCAGGAAGAUGGUACGUAUAAGGUUUCUAAAGAAAAAGUGGUGGAUCCACCGUCUCUGAAGGGUGGAAAUGCAAUCGACUGUUCCCGUCGGGCGUUUGGUUCAGCUUCGGUUUGA